UGCACAACGUAUUACUCUGUCCCAUAACAAUAUAGUUUACUUAUAAUAACAAAAGAAGCUCAUUUUGAAUAUAUAAUUAUUCAAACUUACUCAGCGACUCCACUUACAUUUAUGGCGCAAAUAUGUGAUAGUUUACUCACAGGUUGGAUGUAACUUGCUGUGGCAGCGCCUGACAGUCAAGUAAACAAGAAGUAUUCUGCACAACAUCACCAUGUGCAUCUGGUUUCAACUUAUAUCAGCAACAGUUACAAUGGCAGUAAGCAGCACUUACCACAUCCAACCGUUUGGGUUUCAAAUGUGUCAAAACCUCUGCUACCAAAUCAAGGGAUGCUCCUUUUUGAAGUUUUCAAGUCUUCAUCUUGACUGUGACAUACCUGACAAAGGGCAGAAAAAGGAAAUCGGCUUGAAAUGUACAACCUGCUUCAACAAGACAAAGACAUUGAAGGAAGAAACGUUCCCAGUGGGUGAAUGUUCACAAGGUGAACGGAUCAUCACCACAAAAACCAAAGGCCGCCACUGUGUCAGACUCAAAUACACUGAUGACAUACCACCAGACAAAAGAAGUUCACCACGACUGUUGUUUGGACCAACGAUGAAUGAUAGGAUGUACCAACUCUUUCUUCAUAAUACAUCUAUAGUGGCGUAUCCAUAUGAACAUGGUGUUCAUGUGAUGUCAAUCAUCUACUUAUCAACAACACAGACCCUCAUUGUGGGUCAUCGAGGACCUGACAACAUACAUUCCCACACUUUGAAUGGAAGCGAGCAUAAGAUCUUCCUAAGGAAUACCGCUGCCAAGUUCAUGACAGUUGAUGAGGAAGCAGGUUCGGUUUUUCUUGGAGAUCGCGGGGAUGUCAAAAGAGUGAAAACAAAUGGAAUGCAACUCAGAACUAUCUACAAGAAAAAGAUCACCGUAAUGUCAAUGGCUGUAUAUUCAAAACUAAAGACUCUAUUUGUUUCGGUUAAAAGCCACUGUUUUUCUGUCAGUUAUGGCGGGAAUAACUUUAAGGUUGUAAAGCAAGGAAGUAAUAUGUACAGUAUUGCUGUUGAUACGUUGAAUGAUUUACUCUAUUAUAACGAAGGUAAACAUAUAAUUGAAAUGCCAUUGAAUAAUACAAGCAUUCAACGUAGAAUUCAGAGUUCCUUUACUCCUUGGAAUAUUCUGUUUCACGGCGAGAACAUGUACAUUGGUCCUGGUGGAGGUAGUAACGUUUUUGGCGUAUUAAAAGAUCGUCGUGAUUUUGUCCCUAUUACUAAUGUAACUAAACAGAAAACGUCCCGAUGUUACAUUUGUAUUAUUCCAUAGACGAAACGGUUCGUGAAGGACAGUCAGCCAUGAUUACAUACCACCUGUUUUCCUGUUUAUUAUUUUGGUUCCCAUGUUUGACGUAAGAGGCGACUAACGGGAUCGGAUGUUCACUGUGAAGUUCAGUUUGAAGGGUACCUUGACAUCAUGAACGUUAUCGUUGUUAAAGAGUUUCGGCGAGACUUGUUUUUGUUUUCCUUUGAUGUCAAGAUGUUCUGUGUACAGUAUACAUCUGUUGAGGUAUUUUUACGAAUCAGGAACAUAUGCAAGCAAUGAGAUAUUUUGGUAUUUUCAAAACGGAAUGUUCGUAAGCCCAUCGACAAUUUCAUUAUGGAAAGAAAUUCAUUGUUUUUGCUUCCCGCGUCUAAUAUAUAUUAGGGUUUUACAGCCUGUUUCAGCCUGUUUUUUAAGCUGAGACAAAAUGCGUCUGUGCACUGUAAUGAACGUUUUCACAUUACCUGACACAUCAA